AGGGUGUCGUGCUGCGCGGACUUUCAGCUGCAGUGAGUUUGAUCCUUGUACCUCUUUGAAACGUCUUUUUCUUUUUUAGAAUCCUUCCACCGUUUAUCAUUUUAGCCCGUUCGUAUUUUGCCAUUCUUAUUUCCGCUCCUAACAGUCCCCUCCCCCCUCCCCCAUCCUUCUUGCUUUUUCUUCGUGAAGAAUCCAGACGGUUGACGUAAGCAGCGAGAGAAGGCUGGAGAAGACGGCGAGGCUCCACCCCACGCAACGGCGCUCCGUUUCUCUUCGUGCAUCACGCGCGCGCACACACACACACACAAGCACUAACCGUUUCUUUUCUUUUUUUUUCCUGCCGACCAUCGCGCCGUCGGGGGUCGUUGUCGGCGAGAGACUUUGUGCCAUGGGCAAGGCAGUAACGAAAUCGGGACACGGGUGACGGAUGGGUUGACGACUGCGCGACAACAAGAGGAGCCACAUUAUUAUUCUGAGCUCACUUCUGUAUUUCAUCUCUUCGGUAGAAAUUAGCUUCGUUGUUUCCUUUUUUUUUUCUUGUUCUUCUUGCUACCCUUUUGCGUGGGCUACUUCUCAUAUCGCGAACCUGUUUCUUUUUCAUUCCCCCUUUUUAUUUCAUACCACAGCCCUUUCCGAUGCAGUUGUGCAGCGGCGCGGUGAACGUGCAUCGUCGCGAUGACGUCUGCGAGGACGGCGAGACGGUGCAGUCCAUGGCGGUCAGCCCCAACAACAGCGUUCUCGCGGUGGUUACACAGAUGCACCUCCACUUCUGGACGGCGGGACCGAAGACGGUGUAUUUGACGUCGCUGCUGGUACCCGGCACCUCGCUGGACGACAAUCCCGCCAUGUUCGUGAUCUGGCGUCCUCGUCAAGGCAAUCAGCUUGCGGUGGUUACCUCACGUCAAGUGGUUUUCUUCGAAGCCGACAUCAACCUCACGGCCGGAGAGUUCCUCGAGAGGGUGGAUACGCAGCGCAGCGCCUGUUUUCUUCACCACACCGACUCCGCCUCCCGGGUGUGCUACUCGAGUGAAAUUCGCAUUGAGGCCGGACUCACCACCGCCGCCGCCGCCGCCGGCCCGUACGCCUUCCUGGUCACCACCACGGCGGGUGUGGUGUACGUGGUGGGCUGGCAUCAGCAAGACGUGCUGCACCAAUGGACCACCGUGGGGCUGCAGGAAAACGGGCACUUUUUUAGUUCAUCGGCGGCGCACGAGGAGGAGACCAACGCAGCCGUAACGGCAGCAGCGUCGGCAUUGAACACCACCAGCGCGGCCGUCACCCCUUCCUCUAUCGCGUCUUUGGCGGCUCUGCGAGGGCCUGUCGGGGCUCAUCCCGCGCCGUCUGUCCUACGAGUGGACCCGCUGCAGCGGCACUAUCCUCCAUCACCGUCGCAGCCGCAGCCAGACGCACGCCAGCCGAGCUUCCGCAGCGAGGCGGCCUCCUCUCUCAUCACCAGCAACCAUGACAGCACGAGCGUCGUCCCUGCGAGGGCGGCGCCGCUUACCGAGGCUUUCCUGACAACCACCGCCAAACCACGCCUCCUCGCUGGGGGCAGCAUUUGCCCUCCCGGCGCAGCGGUGCGCACAGGCGAGGAGCGCUCGUACAGCGUCUCGCCGGCUGCCUCGCCCACGCUGGUUGUUGCGCCGCAGCUCACCUUGCGAUUGGUCCCCGGCGGCGCCCAGCACGGCAGCGCAGGUGCGGAGGAUGGCACGGUAGGCGACUCACCAGAUGCCAUCACGACUCUAGCGGACGCAGAGGCGGGGGCAAAGUCAAGCAGUUUCCUGGCCUCCACCGUCGGCGUCACGGACACUGCCUCGUACAGCCUGACGGACAGCAGCGGUGGUGCAAAGCAACGCCGCGCAAACAACGGAGAGCUCUCCGGCACGAUCCUCCACGCCUCUUUUCUGUCGCGGUGGAAGGUGCUCGCCUUUGUCUCGUCGAGCGGGGCUGUGUUGCUGUGUCGGCCCUCCUGCGGCACCAACUUCACCCACAACAAAGUGCAGCUGAAGGGCUGCGUGACACCGAUUGUGUCGGCGCACAAGGUGGCCAUGAACAUGCGGCACUUACUCCUGGCCGUGUGCACCCAGGCCGGCGCGCUCUCGUGCCGCCGUGUGGAUGGCUGCUCUCUGGCGAUCAGUGCAACGCCGCUGUGGAAAGGGCUGCGUGGGUUGCAGGACCGCUUUUCCUGUUCCUCCUCGCAGUCCCUCGGGCUGAUCUCCGCGAUGGAGUGGAGCCCGUCUGAGGAGUUGCUGUGCGUCGCCUUCUACAAGCACGGUAUGGUGCUCGUGCACUACAGCGGUGCGGUCGUGACGCACCACCUUGCGAGCCCCGCCAGUGCGGUGCUUCUGCGCAGCCCGGGCGCCGCCGGUCUCAGCUCCCGGCGCGUUGACCCCAAUGAUAGCACCGCGGGGCCCGGCAAAGCUGCCGUGGGCUGUUCUUUUGUCGCGUGGAAGCCGGAUGGCACGCGGCUGUGGGUGGCGGCGCCGGACCAGCCGUGCUUCUUCUCCACGCAGCUCUCCCGUGUCUUGACGGCGGACAUCGUAGGACCCACCAGCGGCAGCCACACCCCUCUCACCCUCCUUGCUGACAACGCGCUCUACCUCAUUGCGGCCUCCGAGGCGACGGGGCGGCAGGGCGUUCGCGAGCUCGUGCUGCUGCCGGACGAGUACCUUCGCGACCAGUUCCCGCUGCUCUACGGUGCGGUGUCGUCUGACGGGAGCUGGGUCGCCUGUGCUGGGCGUCGCGGUGUUCUCAUCUUCAACCGCGACCGCUUUUCGUGGAAACUGGCGUCGAAGAAGCAAGAGGAGAUGUCCUUCAGCUGUGUGGCCGAUCCGGCGUGGUUGCGCGACGUCGCCGUGGCGGUGCCUGCACUGCGAACGGACACGAAAACGUACGAGCUGAUGGUGUUUUCCACGUCCAGCGUGUCUCCGUCGCACGCGCUUGCACGGGUGGCGUUGGAAGGCAAGCCGUAUCGGCUCUCCUGUGUGCACCAGGACCACCGCAGCGAAGGCUACGUAGUGUUGGUGGACUGCAAUCAGGUGGUGCGCGUGUUUCGGUACGACGCCUUCAUGGACGCGCCGGGCGCAGCGAUGAGCUCCACCGAGGCGACGCCUGCGAAGGCCUACGUGGCCCUCACACCGGUGCUGCACUUGGUACUCUCCGGCGCCCUUGCCAACCCCCUUCACGUGACGCCGGUGUGCAUGCGGAAAGAGGAGGAUGACCGCGAGAACCCGCAGCGGACAAAGGAUCAAAUGGAGCUGCGCCUGCUGCUGCAUCGUCGCGGCGACCACUCGCUUGUUUGGAUCCGCGGGGCGACUACCGCCGCAGCACACGGCGGCGCAGACGCCACAACGACAGCGGCAGUGCGGUCAAAGCCGUCUUCAUCCGAUGGACAGCUGCCACUCUUGAACGCAGUUUCGGAGCCGUUCGACAAUGCAGCGGGCCCGUCCUUUGUGUACCGCUGCUGGGUUGACCGCACGCCUCCUGUGCGUGGCACCGUGCUGCUCACCCACGAGGAAGAGGCAGGUAUCGUGCUGUACCACGUCCAGCAGCCAACACAGCUGCUGCCGCGGCGUGCAGCGCGCAGUGCGUCUGCGGGUGGUGGUGGGGCGGCGGUGGUGGAGGUACGACGGAUGGCGGUGACCCCGGCGAGAGACACCGAAUUGCUGCCGCUCUGCGUAUCCCCCUUCGACGGCUACAUGCUCUGCGCCGGCACGGACACGUCCAUCCCACGACAGGCGCGGCGCGGUCCUCGCGCACUCAGCGUCAACGUCGCAGCUCACCCGCAGCUCGCGCUGCGCCCUGUCCUGUACGCCCACCGCAUUCUGUCGUUGCUGCUGCGCGAAGCCAUGCCAGGUGGCGGCGACGGUGGCAGUAGGUCGGGGUCGCCGCUGCGGACUUCUCAGAGGAUCUCUCCAAAUUCCACCAGCUGCGGAAACUUUGCUGCGACCCAGCCGCCCAGCCGAACCACCUCCGAAUACGCACCGCUGGCCACAUCACAGGUGUCGACGGCUGAAAUCGACGGCCGCGUCGCGUCCUUUCUGUGGGAUCGCUCGCUCUUUCUCUGGCUGGAGUACAUGCGCCUCAACGACACCUUCGAGUCGGUCAUGGACUACUUUCUCCACACGGCGCUGAAUGAGACACCGCCGGCGGCGGUGCCCGGACUGGGCCGACGCAGCGCCGUCCGCGCCGUCAUUGCCCUCCUGCGCAACUUCCCGGAGUUCUACGCCGUCGUUGUCGGCUGCGUGCGCAAGCUCGACUUUACGCGUUGGCAUCUCGUGCUGGACUUUCUGGGCACGCCGACGGCGUUCUUCCGCGAGUGUGUGGCGCACCGCUGCUACGCCGAGGCGGUGCACCUGGUGCGGGUGAUCAUGAUGGGCAGCUACCGGCCUGCAGCGACGCUUUCUGUGCAGCGGCUGGCGGAGUUGACGGGCGCGUCAGCGGUGGUGGCUGGCAGCGGCGCGGACCCCCUGGCCCCUCGCUCGCACAGCAGCAACGGCAACCACAGCAUCGGCGUCGGCUCGCUGGAGCAGGCCAGUCAAUGUGCGAUUGAACUCUUCGGCUUAUCGAUCGACAACGGCGAUUACACCGCCGCCUACGAUCUCCUGCGGUUUAUGGCGCUGCUGGAGGACGAAAUCGGCAUGCCCGCAGCCGGCGGCAUCGACAUGGAAGACGGCGGUGGAGGCGGCAGCAGCGGCGCGGACGCUGGCGGCCACCCGUCGGAGAACUUCCUCACGCGGUGGCUGCGUCAACUCACGUUUAGCGGUGCCGCUUAUGACGACCCGGACGCCGCAGUGGAGGAGUCGCCGGCGGAUUUGGCCGCCCAUGAUGGCUCGACGAAACCCGGCGCGGCCAAGAAGACAAAGAACCAAAUUGGCAACUACCCGACGCUGGUGCUGAACGCUGCCCGCUGCGAGCCCGUCCACGGCGGAUGCAGCUCCGAGGAAGCCGCGGAGGAGGUGCAGCGGCAGUCUGCGGUACGGUACAUGUUCAAUCGACACAAAACACUCCCGGCGGUGGUGCAUCAGGAGGCGCUGCGGCUGCUGCUCACCGGCUACGUUACACAGCUGGCGAAUCUUAUGGAGACGUUCUCACUCUCCGUGACAGACUUUAUCCAAGCGGCGACGACGGUGGUAAACUUAUCGACGGCGGCAGCCGCUGAUGUGGGUGACUCCCGCCCAAGCAAUGCGGGGGGCGGCUACACAUUGCACCUUCAUGAGGUUUUUGACGGACUGCAUAAGGAGCUUGGGCUGCCGCGCAGCUUUUUCGUGCCCCACUCAGCGGCGGCUACGACAGCGUGGAAUAGCUGGAUUGUGGACCAUCAGCUCGCUCGCGCGAAAAGCCUUCCUGGGGUGCUGAGUGCCACCAAUCCAAAGGUGUGGACCGUCGCCCAGAUGGUCCUGUACGCCUCACCGCAGCUGCGCAGCUCCGUCGAGUCCCUCCACCGACUCUUCCGCAGUGUUUAUGUGUAUAACUUAGCCUUCUGCGUCCUGCUCAUGCGCAAAUCGGACCUCAUCUCCCUGCUGCUUUCGGCCGAUGGUGAAGCACAGCCGGCAUCCGCGGCGGCAGAAGAGACGCCGCUGAGUGUUGAGGCACGCGUGGAUGUCUCGCCGGCCACUUUGAUCAACGUCCUGGGUCACCUCGAAGCACUCCUGGCCGUGCCAGAGAACAGCGGCUACAAGCCUUUUUUGCAGGACGUCUUUCAGUCUCUGCCGCCGUCCGCGUUGCGCGCGCACGUCCCCAAGCCAGCUGCUGCCGCCGCAGGUGACGUUCCCACGUUGCACGCGGAUACCGUUUAA